ACACAGAGGACAGAGUGGGUGAGGUGCAGUGGAGGGAGGAGAAGAGGGUCGAGGAGGAGAGAGACAAAGGGACACGUGGCCCACAAUGCAUUGGGACACGUGGUACAGGGAAGACGAUGGGAAGGUGGAGAGAGAGAGCGAGAGAUGGGUGCUCUGUAUGAUGAGACAAGUUUUGCUGGCUGGAUGGCGAGAUGGCACGAACGGAUUCUCACCGGCGCGGAGAAAUGAGACGUUCGGGGGCAGCCGAGUGCCAUGGAAGAUCACGUGUCGCAGGCCAGCUCCGCCGGGAAGAAGCGGAGUGACGUCGACACAGCCUCUCCGCCGCCGCCGCCGCCGCCGCCACCCCGAGACGAUGACUCUCCGGCGAGCGCCGAGCUGCUGAGAGAUUCGCGGUCUCCGGCCGUGGCCGGCGUCCCGGGCCCUGGGCCCUCCCUCGCCGUCCCCUCCCCGGCCUGGCCUCCCUCUGCCUCCUCUCCCACCGCGGCCGCCUCCUCCUCAUCCUCCGCCGCCGCCGCCGCCGCUGUGGUCCCGCCGCGUCCGGCCUCCGCCGCCUCCUCUGCCAAAGAUAUUUGCUGCAACCAAUGCGCGUCGCCGCUCCAGAGUUUACAGACUUACAUGGAGCACCGCUGCGCCACCGCCGCGGAGGGCGCGGCGCCGGCGCCGCCGCCGCCGCCGCAUGCCGCCGCCAUCAUCGCCGCCGCCGCCGCCGCCGGUGAAGCCGCCGACGUGGAGAGCAUCCCGGGCGAGAUCGUGUACCGGGCCGACGGCUCCGCUUACAUCGUCAAGAGCGCCGAGAGCUUGUCCGCGUUCACCGACGACGGGCGCGGCGGCGGCGGCGGCGGCGGCUGUAGCCCCACGCUGGCGCACGCUCUGUCCUUCGGCGUCAAACCCGGGGCGAUCAGCACCUUCCACAUCCAGGCGUUCCCCAACUCCUCGCUCGCGGCCGCCGCCGGAGCCGCACUGCGAAGCUUUCGGGUCUUCGACGUCCGGGGCGAAGGGGGCGGCCGCGGCGGCGGCGGCGCGGCGGCGGCGGCGCCGGAAGGCAUAAAGAGCGAGGAUGAGAGCGCGGAGGGGCCCGCGGACGACGGGCGUCCGAACGACGGCGACGACGGCGAGGCCGGCGGGGCCGGCGACGUCGACGGCGCGCUGUUCGGGGGCAGGAAGCCCAUCCUGAUGUGCUUCCUGUGCAAGCUGUCGUUCGGCUGCGCCCGCACGUUCGCGGCGCACGCCACUCGCGACCACCGCCUCUCGCUGCUCGCCGAGGAGUGGAGGCUGCUGGGACGGAGCGGCGCCUCCGCCAUCGUGCAGGGCGUCGGCCGCGACCGCAGGGAGCCGCUCGUCAGCUUCCUGGAGCCGAGCGGCGCGCCCGGCGCCCAGCGGCAAGGGCGCCAGCGGCAGCGGCUCGUGAGCGCGGACGCCUCGGUGAAACCAAAUUUUUACGGCGUUUUUAGCGGCAUUAGAGUAGAUGGCGGCGCCGAGGCGCUGCGGGCCGGGCCAAAGAUUAAGGGGCUGCAGUCGACUGCUUCUCCCGUGAACCCUUGGGGUCAGAGCGCCCCGUUGAACCUUGGGGGUUUACCCAGUGCUUUGCUGAAAUCCCCAAAUACCUCAACGUACCCCGGCCGGCCCAGCGCCGGCUCGGGGCAGCUUGCCAAAUGCAGCGGCGACGUCCGGGACGUCCACGGCGUGCGAAUCAAGUCCGAGCCCGCGGACUUGGAGGACGAGAGGUCCGACGACGAACUCUAUACCAAUGAAUUUGACGACGACGACGACGACGACGCGGAGAUGAUGACGAUGGCGACGGCGACGGCGGAGGAGAUGGAGGAGGAGAUGGAGGUGGGCGGAUUCGGAGGCUCUCAGGUCGGUGUUGGCGACGGCGCUUGCAGAAGAAACGAACUCUCCAGUCUUACAAACCAAAGCAUUUCUCAGCUUUCCUUUCUGCCUCAUUUGCUCAACCCCUCCCCAACGGAGGCGCCCUGCAGUUCCUUCCAAACGCUGCCCGACGGCGACGCGGCCCUCGGCGCCAGGGAGCCGGCGCCGGCGUUCGCGGCGACCGUCGAAUCCGUCGCCGCCGGAAUGCCGCGGCCGUCGGACGCCGACGCCAAGCGCGAAGUCGCGCUGCCGAGGCUCCCGCUAGGGCAGCAGCAGCAGCAGCAGCCGAACGCCGGCGCGGCGUCGGCCAGGGACGGCCGCGGCGGCAACGGCGGGACGCCGGUGAGCGACGGCGGCUCGCCGCGGCGCGAGGUGGCGGUGAGCCCGUCGGCGCUGUCGUUCGGCGGCCACGUCAUGCUGCUGCAGUCGCGCAACUCGUGCAAGACGCUCAAGUGCCCCAAGUGCAACUGGCACUACAAGUACCAGCAGACGCUGGACGCCCACAUGAAGGAGAAGCACCCCGAGUCGGGCAGCGCCUGCGACUUCUGCACGUCGGGGCAGCAGCACCCGCGGCUGGCGCGCGGCGAGAGCUACACGUGCGGCUACAAGCCUUUCCGCUGCGACGUCUGCAACUACUCCACCACCACCAAGGGCAACCUGAGCAUCCACAUGCAGUCCGACAAGCACCUCAACAACGUGCAGUGCCUGCAGAACGGAGGCGGCGGGGGCGGCGGCGGUGGCGGCGGAGGCGGCGGAGGCGGCGGGGCGGGCGCCAUCGCGGACGCCGUCGCCGCGUACGGGCAGCACCACCUCCCCGCGAGCCUGGGCGGCAAAGCGAGGCCCCAGCACCUGCAGCAGCACCACCAGCAGCAGCAGCAGAGUCAACAGCAGAACCAGCAGCAGAAAAAGCCGAUGUGGCGCUGCGACGUGUGCGACUACGAGACGAACGUGGCGCGCAACCUGCGCAUCCACAUGACGAGCGAGAAGCACGCACACAACAUGCUGCUCCUGCAGCAGCAGCAGCAGCAGCAGGGUGGCGCCAAGCAGCGGGCGGAGAUCUAUCAGUACUACCUGGCGGCCGCGAUGCAGGCGGCCGCGGCGGCGGCCGCGGGCGCGGGGAUGAAGCUGGAGGGCCUGGCUGGGGCCCACCAGCACCAGCUGCAGCUCGAGCAGCCGCCGGCGCCCGCGCCGCCCGUGGCGCUCGGUGAGUCUUUGUCGCUUUUUGCUCUCCCUCCCCUUCUUUCUCCUUCCCCCCUCCCACUGGCACGGCACCGGCGGAGCGGCGCCGAGGCUGCGCCGGGCCGGUCGGGCGCGGCUCGGGAGGGGCCGCUGCGGGAGCCGUGGACGUCGCGUGUCACUGGCCCUGCUGGGCCCCCUCCACCGAAGCCGGAUUCAAACACGGUCAGAAGCAGAUGCCUUCCUGGAGACCGCGCGGCCCCCGUAAAUCAGGGAGCGCUCGCGACAGCGUUUGGCGAGGUGCGACGCGCCACCACCGAUACCAACGCCCGCCGUUCGCCGCUAAGCGACGGCGACGUCCCUCAGCGGCGUCUGCGCCAGGCCAGGUGUCACGCCGAGGCUACCGAGUGA